CGACAGUCUCGAACUCUUUUUUUUUUCGACAGCAACUUUAGGACCAGCACAGUGGGCUCAAGGUCUACACACAUGCCAUGACGAGACCAGGCUCGCUCCGAGACCUGUACAUCGACCCAUCUUCUGCGUGGACGUUCGUUCCAACCACGUCCAACAACGCGACAACGGCUGCUCAGCCACCAGAGCCACCAUCGGCACCAGCCUACCAAUGGUCAUCUCGUCCAUCUCACAACUCUAUAUUUGAUCUCUCGCCAGACUUGAACCUGUCCGAGCCAAGUGGGACAAAUGUAGCAAACGUUUUCAAGGCCUUGGUGGCUUCCGCCGUCCUUCAAUACACAAGUACGGCCAUUGUCAUGCCUUGGGAAGUUGGAAAGCUGCUUCUUCAAGUCCAAUGGGUUCCCCGGGAUGCUGGUGAGCCUGCACCGGGUGAACCGGAGCUUGGCGAAGAAGACGUUGACGAUGCACUAAGUGACUCGUCCAAUGAUAACGACUCUUAUUUCGCCGACCCCAAUGCCCCGCCAAGUAACCGCCCUCUGCAUCGAACAGACGAGCAAGGUUACGUCAUCCGAAGAUCUGUGCUGGAGGAAGGAACGCGUCCAGAGUACAUUAUUCCAGUUGGAAGCGCAGAUGGCGUUUGGGACAUGAUGAAGCGAGUUGGAAGGUUCCGACCAGAGGGCUGGCUGGCUCUCUGGAAAGGGCUUUUGACCUCCUGCGUCACGGAAAUCCUUUCCUCGACGAUGCAACCGUUCAUUGACGGAUUCCUGCAGUCCUUAUUGUUCCCAUCCAUGUCGCCUUUCCACCAACCACCUCUCAUCCUGCCGGUUGCAUCCCAUCUCAUCACCGGCUUCCUCCUCUCGCCUCUGGACCUGAUCCGGACCAGACUGAUUGUUCAGCCGUUUAUGACCCGGAAGAAGGAGGCGUCAAAGGAAUUUAUCUCCACCCUCAACUGCUUAUUCCCACUCUUCUCGACAAUGCACUCCGACCCAUCGUCGCCCUUGCUCUUUCAGGAUGAUAGCUCGACGAUUCACCCUGUCAACAUCAGCGAAGACACCCAUCCUCGGGCCUGGAGUAUUGCCGAACUCGCCGGAAGUUGCGUCGGACUCCUUAUCACGCUACCCAUCGAGACUAUUCGACGACGACUCCAGGUUCAAGUGCGUGGUACCGCGAAGCCUUUGAAGGCAUGUGUCGAAACUCGCCCUGCACCAUACAACGGUGUGGUCGAUACGUUCUGGCACAUUCUUACAGAAGAACGCUCCGACCUCCCCAUCCGGUAUCCUCAGCGCCGACGUCGUUCGAGUUCUGUGAGAUCAAGGGAUGAGAGGAAAGCGGAGGAAGAUGUGGCUAAAGAAGAGGCUUUGGAUGGCGAUGGCUGGUCCAGACACACCGGUCUAGGGCAACUCUAUCGCGGAUUGGGUAUGCGAUUGGGUGCCAGCGCCAUAGUCUUUGUCAUUGCUCUGUGGAGUGGGGGAGCUGAGACAGACAGUGGAUGGACUGAGAUUUAAGGCUGGACUAGAUAGGAACCUACAAUAGUUAUCGUUAUUCAACUAAUGUCCAAUCUCCUCUCCU